CGAUGGCGGCGGGCGGCGGCCGGUGCCCGGCCUGGACGAGUUCGCGGGGCAGAGCUGGAGCGCCUGGCUGGAGCGGGCCGGGCCGCCCGCCGACACCGGAUCAGGGUCAGAGCUGGAGGAGAAUGGCAAGAAUGGCAGCAAGAAACUGGACACCAUGACCCUGAUUAAGGAAGACAUGGACAUCUUCGGGCACUGCCCUGCGCACGACGAGUUCUACCUGGUGGUGUGCAACCACUGCAGCCAGGUGGUGAAGCCCCAGGCCUUCCAGAAGCACUGUGAACGCCGGCACGGCCCGCUCAGCAAGCUCUAUGCCCGUGCCACCGCCUUGUUUGUGCCCGUGGUGAACCUGGAGAAGAUCCCCAGCAUUCCCAAACCGGACGGGCACGGGAUCAAGGUGCCCCCCAAAGCCGUCCCCACCAACUCCAAGGAAUCCCUGGGGAAACCCGCGGCUGCCGCGGUGCCCAAAGAGCCCCCGGUGCCCGCCGGGGUCGGGGGGGAUUCGGCCAUGCCGGAGAGCGUCCCUGCUCCGGGGGACAAGGAUGUGGGGGCCCCCAAAGCGCCCCCCAGGUCCCACAGGAAGCUGGCGCGUAAGGAGUGUGACCUGAACCGGCAGUGUGGGGUGAGGAACCCCGACACCAACAAGCUCUGCACCCGCCUGCUGACCUGCAAGAUCCACUCGGUGCACCAGCGCCGGGAGGUGCAGGGUCGGGCCAAGGAUUUCGAUGUGCUGGUGGCCGAGCUCAAGGCCAGCACCCGCCGAGGGGACCCCCCAAAGGACAGGAGCCCCCCUGAGAAGGAGCCACUGCACCCUGCCCUGCAGGACACCCCCUCACUGCUGCAGCCCCCCAGUACCCCUCCCUGCCGAGCCAGGCUGCCCCACUGCUUGCACCCCCCCAGGGCCCGACUUUCCUCUGCCAGUGACCCUGAGGAUGUUCCAGCCACCUCUGGGGAGGGGGGCACGGGAGGCCUCCCCCUGCCCCUGCCCAAGGGGGGCAGCCGCGUGUCCAGCGAGGAGAGCGAGGAGGAGGGGGCUGAGGAGCCCCCCCGGACCCCCCUGCGCCCACCCCGGCCUCAGGCGUUCUGCACCUUCGGCAGCCGCCUGGUGACCCCGGGCUGUUACGUGUUCGACCGGCGGCUGGACCGGUUCUGCGCUGCGCUGGGCUCCAUGCUGGAGCAGCACCUCAGCGCACACAGGUGGAGGAAGAUCCCUCCGGCCGUCGUCCCCCCUCUUCACCUCCCCGCAGCCCCCCCCAGCCCCGCUGCCCCCCUUUACGGCCCCGCAGCCCCUUCCCCGCCGCUCCGGAGCCUCUCGGGGGCCGGCGGGUGCCGGCUCCCCACCAGCCUCACCUACACCGUGGGGUCCCCGCCGGCGGCGGCCGCCUGCAGCCAGCCCGAGUGCGGCGGAGGGGGCUCGCAGUCCAUCACCUCCCCGCUCCCCGCCAACACGCCCUCGCCCUCCUUCAGCAAACUGCCCCCCGGCAAGGCCAGCAGAUCCCCCCGGGCACGGGAUGCGGAGCCCCGGCCCUGGCAGCCCCCGCCCAGGGCCGGCAGCCCCCCCUACAAACGGACCUGUUUGGGGGACAGCGUCAAGGGCAAAAAUCAGGCCUUGGCUCCCCCCGGCAAGACGAAACUCACCCCGCCGGCUUCGCCCUCCAUCCCCAUCCUCAACGGGACCCCGCGGGUGCGGCGGCCGCCCCCCAGCCAGCCCUGCCGGCCCCCCCCCGCUGCCCGCGACCCCCCAAACGCCGCCGCUGCCCCCGGCGAGGAUGAGGUGAAGAAGCGCAAGAACGCGGCCACCUACUGCCGAGCCCUGAAGGGCAAGGCCGCGCCCGGCCUGCCCGGGCCCCCGGGCCCGCCCGGCUCCGGCAGCUCCGGCGCGGGGGGCUCCGUCCGCAGGAAGAAGCCGGGGACGCCCCUGGGAUUCGAGGAGAAGAGGAGCGCCCUGAAGUCCAAAGCCCAUUAACAGAGGGGUCACCGGGGGCCCCCCCUGUGUCCUCCCCACCGGGAAACGCCAGAAAACCGAUGAAGGGAGAAAAAAGAAAAAAUCCCAAGGAAACACGAAGGAAAAAUCCCAAACUUCCAGAAAAUACCUCAAAACUCUCAGUUCUGUUCUCUUGCUGCUAAACCAGCCCCGGGAGGGGGGGGCGGCACUGGGGACCCCCCCCGGACCUCCCGGGGCCCCG